AUGCCCAACAACAACAACACCAUCCACAUUGACAAGUUCUUCUUCCGUGUGGUCGAUCCACGCGAUGACAGCACUCACCUUGUUGCGCUCACGACAUCGAUUCCUGACGAUGGUGGUCCAAUCAACUAUGAAGUUGUUCCGGUCAUCCUUGAUGAGAUCAUUGCGCCUCCUACCAACAUUGGACCAGCCAUGCGCCUCCCCCAACUGCCUCGAAUCCCUGGCCCACCAAGUGAUCAAUCCGUCGUCGAUUUGACCAACGAGGAAGAAGAAGAGAAGAGUGACGAAGAGCCUUCGGAUGAUGAAGAACCUCCGGCUGAGGAAACUUCGGAUGAAGAACCUUCGGAACCUUCGGAUGAAGAACCCUUGGAUGAAGAACCUUCGGAAGAGUUUUCGGAUGAUGAUAUUUCGGGUGAGGAGGCAGCCUUCGCUGAAGCAUUCGCCGGUCUCGAUCUCCCCACUGUCGAUGAAGUGGGCACUUCCAACACGGGGACUGCCAACAAUCAGGCUACCAGAUCCGGCCGCAACAACAACAACAACGGAGCCAGCAACAACCAGUCUCCUGUUCGUCCCCGCCGCAACCCUCGUCGUCGUCGCAACCCUCCUCCUGUUGUCUUGGCUGAGUCGUCGGAUGAAGAUGACUUGAAUGUCUAUCCCAUGUCUCAAGACUUCUUUUAA